UUAUUAGGUUUUGGAUGUUGUGCGGGGGUUUACAGUACGGAAGUUCGGCUGCGGCGGGGCUGCGAGCGGCGGGGGGAAGCGGCCUGGAACGUAGAUUGUUGAAGACAUGGCAGCGCCAGGAACUCCAGCCUGCUACUCCGGCGUCGCUCGGGACUCCGCCGCCUUCCGUCUCAUGAAACAAAUGGGCUGGGAAGAAGGUGAAGGCCUUGGCAAAGAAAAGCAAGGCAUUAAGGGUCAUAUUAGAGUGAAAAACAAGCAGGACACAACAGGAAUUGGCUUGGAUAAUGCUUCUAAUAACUGGGCGUUUGAUACUUCCCAAUUUGACAAUAUUCUUAAAAGACUACAAGUGCAAGUAGCUGCACCUGAUGAGAAAGAAGCAAGACUGAGAGAUGAUGAAGAAAUAGAAUAUACAAAUGAUACAUCAAGUAAGGAUUCAGUCAUGAAGGUCACUCGGCCUCAAGGAAGGUACAAGAAAAGAGAGAGGGGCAAGAGUGUGAAUGCAUACUCGGCCAAGGAUCUUCAAGGAAUACUUGUUAGUAAAGCUGAGGACAGUAGCCAGACUGAUCUUGAUGUAGAAAAUGGAACUUUGUACACGUUAGCUGAUUCUAAUCAGGAAGCAAGCUGCAAAGAUGAAAAUGCACAGUGGUGGGGUAACAAACUUGGAUUCAUUUCUGGAGGUUUUCUUGGGGCCAAAUUUCAUGCUACUAGAUCCUCCUUACCAAAAGAUUCUGUACCUCCAGAUUCAAAUAAGCGCAAAACAUUCGCUGAAGAAGAUCAAGAAAAUUUGUAUAAGCUUGUUCAAGACAAAGCUACAACAGGAAAACAAGGGCUUGGGGUCAAGGAUCAGCCGAAGAAGAUCGCUGGUUGCCACUGGAAGGGGAAAAAGACAUCUUUCGUCAACAGUGACAUUGAGCACUCUGAUGAUUCUAAUGGCCCAGCAAAGAGGAAUAAGAUUGAGGAUGUAGAGGCCAAAGAUGUUGCGCAGCCAAAGAUAAAGCUAAAGAAGUUGUGCAGAGUGCUUCUUAAUCAGGAACCUUCACAGUCAAUGAAGUUGAAGAAGCUUAAACUACACAUUGAGGCAUGCUCUAGUUCUCUCCUGUCCGACUUUUCCUCAAAGCAUGAGGCUUUGUCGUACUUGAAGAGGAAGUUAGAAGGCAGCAAGACAUUCAUAGUGGAAGGCAAGACCGUUUCACUGGCCGCGUGAAAAAUCAUCAUUUUAGAGUGUAAGUGUAGUACAAACAGUCGUAUUUAUUAUUCAAUUUGUCAUUCCAUUGUACGGUACGUGUCAUACUCCCUUACAACAGAAAUUUUGCGAGCGCCAAUUUGUUGCUUCGUACUCGUCAUCAAAUUCAAGUUGUUAUUGUGUGAUUUAAUUGUA